CGGUGGCCGCCAGCGGCCGGGGGUGCCUGCCCCGGGAAGGUCAGUGAUGGCGGACUUUGCCCGCAAGGAGGGGAAGAGUCGGGACGACCGCGGCUUGGGCAGUGUGGUGGACUUCCUCCUGGCCAACGCUCGGGUGGUCCUUGGGGUCAGCGGGGCAGCGGUGUUGGCGAUCGCCACUCUGGCCGUGAAGCGGCUCAUCGACCGAGCCACCAGCCUGCCGGAUGAGGAUGAUGACAUAAAAGCCAAGCAGAAGUCCUUGGAGGAGAGCUGGCAGGAGCUGAGUUUAAUCAAGGCGGUCCCCAAGGUGCGCCGGCAGGACCUCGAGGCGCCCUUGCUGUCCUCGGCCACGGAUGGGCCUGGAAAAGAAUCCGAGAGCUCUCUCCUGUCCUCGGGGGCCCCUGUGACAGAAUCGAGGCCCACGCUGUGCCUCGCGUUUCAGGAAAAGCUCCUCGCCUUCUCUAAGGCCCACGUCUCUGUUUCGGAGUCAGAAAAGGCUCUGGGGAAGCAACUGGCAGAGGACGUCUGCGCCGCGUUCCAAACAUUCUUGAAAACCAAGUCUCCGGAGCUGCCCUUCGCGAACGGGUGGCUGAGCGGCUACUUGUGCGACGACGUGGCGAGCCGUGGCCACCUCGAGGUCUCCUUCGUGCUCCCGCUGGUUCUGGAACCUAAUCUUUGGCGCUUGGUCCCCGGCGAACAGACGGUGGUGAAUAACCCCCGUUUUGGGCUGGUGAAACGGACCGGCUUGGAGUAUUUCCAGCGCGGAAGCAGCGCCUGGGACAGGUUCCUGGUGGGCGGGUAUCUCUCCUCCAACGCCAUCCACGAGGCCCUCCAUAAGAUCUUGAUGGCGUCGACCCACUGGCCGGUCCUGGGCAGCGUGCUGGAAUGUGUGAUCCGGCCGGCCAUGGCUCCCAAGCAGCUCAAGUUGGAGGUGGUUCACCGGCAGACCCAUCUGGACAUCGCCCUCUGCCCGAUGAUCGAAGCCGGGGAUAAAAUCCUCCUCUUGACCUCCUCGGAGGAGCCCGGAGAGAACCUCUGGGAGGAAAACUUUUAUACGGCGGAGAUCUCCCGGCUGAACGAUUUGGACGCCCGAGAUUCCGGUGCCCGCCGGCGCUGCCUCAGCCUCUUGAAGGUCCUUUUAGGAAACCACCCCUUCUGGACCAAAGUGAGCGGCGCCCCUUUGACUCACGUCCUCCUGCACGUGAGCGAAACCGAGACGGACUGGUCGGAGGCCACGCUGGCCGACCGGUUCCAGCAGGUCCUGGAGGAGCUGGUCCAGUUCCUGGCGAAAGGAUCCCUCCCGUGCUUUUUCGACAGCCGGAUCAACCUUCUCGACCACUUGCUCCCGGAGGAAAUCGAGGACAUCGGGUGUACGCUCUACGAGGCUUUAGCCCAGCCCGACCUCGCCGCUGGAUUUGGUUUAUGAACCGCGGGCCUGGUGGAGGUUCCUGCACUUAAAUCUCCUUUCGCAGUGGCGUGAAAGGAAACUUUUCUGGCGAUCCCCCCCCCGGGGGGGGCAGCCUUUGCACCCAAGGAAAACGUAAAAUAUUCACUCCCGAAGUAAAAUGGGUCAGGAUUGAUAAAAGAUAGUAAGCGUCUGCCUGUUCUCUUCCCCUUGACUUAGAACUUUCUGGAAUGGUUGGCAUAACAUUAUUAAUCCUUAGUGGUUCCAUCCCGUUUUCUUUGAUCAAGAGAUGGGAGGACAUGCGAGUCUCUGUUCGUCCCCACGCGACUGGGGCAGCAUGAGGUGGCAUUGAAGGCAAGAUGUAAACUUGCAGAACCCCCAAUUCAGAUUUAAGGAUCAGUCCCCAUUCUAGUUUAGGAACUUGACAGUCUUGUGCUGUUUGAUCCGAGCGCUUGCAGAUUCCGGAAAGGUUAAACCGACGAUGGUAAACAAGACUUGAGGAAAACGGUCGUUUUUGGUUUACGAGCCUCGGAAUCCCCCUACCUAUCCAAUCUGGGAGAUUCUGGGAUGGUGGUUUGAAAAGCAACUUCCCCAUCUUCAGGAGAGGAGUUCAGGCUUUGUUAAAUGAUGGGGGAUUUUUUGCCAAACCAAGAAUCAUUGUUCCAUGUUUGCAGGUCUUGGGUGCUCAGAAGGAGCAUUUUUAUAACCUGAAGAAAAAAGUCAUGCCAUUAAAUGGUGAUGCUUUCUUUAGACUUGCGGGGUUUCCUCUCCUGGGGCGUAGCUCUUCGCUUCUGUUGUCAUGCCUGGCCAACUGGCCAAGCUUUUGAAGCAUGUGAUGAGACCUCCAGAGGACUAGAAACUUGACUUGUCCUUCAGGCGGUUUUCCUUGAUCAGGGCAGACCCCAAUCUGGCACAAACAAGAUCUGUUUAUCUACCUCAUGGGCCUAAAAUUUCAAUUACUUUUCCUUUGCUUGCCGGUCAUCCUGGAUACCAGCCCUGGAAAAAUUAACAAAGUGCCGAAAUGGGUGGGUCGGUUAGGGGAGAGAUGGGGCUACAUCUAGAUGUUGUGCUUUCCUGGAAACUUAAUUGGGUAAACUGGAAAGGGCAGAUCGCUUGUGCCAUCAUGCAACGCCCAUCAGCUUUUCCGUUGCCCCAGGAAAGCCCAAGGGACCUCCGUUUGCCAGCUUCUCUGGUGAAGCACCCUCGGAAUAUUACGGAUUACGACUCCCAUCGCCCUUAGCCGGUGUUGGGGGCAUUUUGUGGGGUGAGGAAGGGCUGAGCUGGAGAAGACCGUAUGAUCAAAAUCAAGAGGUUUUCUGGAUGGAAGGAGGAAAGCUUUGAUUCCACGCCCCCUUCCUUGGCCUGGCUUGUAGACCACGGGCCUUGCGACGGAAGUGGAAAAGGGUUCUGCACUGCAGGGAGGGGAGGAACGGAAGGUCCUCCAAGUGCCGGUUACCUUCUAAAUUUCCACCCUUUUUUCUGGCGUCGUUAUGAGUUUUAAGAAGCCUGAGCCAGGGGGUGACUCUUCCCCCAUCAACACCCUCAACUGGAUCAGGUCGUGAUCUCAAGCAGCGAACGGUGGUGUACAUUUGCUCAACGGAGACCCCUUUUCUGUCUCACUGAGCUACCUUUUUGUGCCGAUUUUUUUCCUCGUGCUUUCUUCGCAAUUGUGCGUCCGUGUGGAAACGCCAGCCUAGCUAUCUAGCAGCUACCCACACACUGCUGUGCAAAGAAACCUUGCUUUUGAAGGGAGAUGAUACACUGAUAAAGUCAUUUACAAAGUGUGUGUAUACAUAUAUAUGUUCUGACAGAAUAGAAUUUAAUAAAAAGGGGGGGGGAAUGUCUGAGGUGAGCUUUAUCACAGAGAGAUGGUUCACACUGGUGUGGAGAAUGGGUGGCUCCUCACCUCAUUGAGCUGCACUCCCAUUGGCCCACAAAGCUGAUAGAGGAUGAUGGGAAUGGAGGUCAACAUUAACUGGAGGGGCUCAUGCAUCCCAUUUCCAACAUCCUCUUAUAUGUCAUGUAAAGAGGAGGCAAUAAAGAGAUUUCACUGCCAAAAUCUU